AUGUCCCCCCCGGGCUCGGCCGCGGGAGAGAGCGCCGGCGGCGGCGGCGGCGGCGGCGGCCCCGGGGGCCCGGAGGAGCCCGCGGCGGCGGCGGCGGCGGCGGACGAGGGCCCCGCCCGAGAGGAGCAGCGUCCCAUCCAGCCCUCUUUCACCAAGUCCCUCUGCCGUGAGUCCCACUGGAAGUGCCUGCUGCUCUCCCUGCUCAUGUACGGCUGCCUGGGGGCCGUGGCCUGGUGCCACGUCACCACGGUGACCCGCCUCACCUUCAGCAGCGCCUAUCAGGGCAACAGCCUCAUGUACCAUGACAGCCCCUGCUCCAACGGCUAUGUCUACAUCCCCCUGGCCUUCCUGCUCAUGCUGUACGCUGUCUACCUGGUGGAGUGCUGGCACUGCCAGGCCCGCCACGAGCUGCAGCACCGUGUGGACGUAACCAGCGUCCGGGAGCGUGUGGGCCGCAUGCAGCAGGCCACGCCCUGCAUCUGGUGGAAGGCCAUCAGCUACCACUAUGUCCGCCGCACCCGCCAGGUCACUCGAUACCGCAACGGAGACGCCUACACCACCACCCAGGUCUAUCACGAGCGAGUCAACACGCACGUGGCGGAGGCCGAGUUCGACUACGCGCGCUGCGGCGUCCGCGACGUGUCCAAGGCGCUGGUGGGGCUGGAGGGCGCGCCCGCCACGCGCCUGCGCUUCACCAAGUGCUUCAGCUUCGCCAGCGUGGAGGCCGAGAACGCCUACCUGUGCCAGCGCGCGCGCUUCUUCGCCGAGAACGAGGGCCUGGACGACUACAUGGAGGCGCGCGAGGGCAUGCACCUCAAGAACGUGGACUUCCGCGAGUUCAUGGUGGCCUUCCCGGACCCCGCGCGGCCGCCCUGGUACGCCUGCUCCUCGGCCUUCUGGGCCGCGGCGCUGCUGACGCUGUCGUGGCCGCUGCGCGUGCUGGCGGAGUACCGCACGGCCUACGCGCACUACCACGUGGAGAAGCUCUUCGGCCUGGAGGGCCCGGGCUCGGCCGGCAGCGCGGGCGGCGGCGGCCUGAGCCCCAGCGAUGAGCUGCUGCCGCCGCUCACGCACCGCCUGCCGCGGGUCAACACGGUGGACAGCACGGAGCUCGAGUGGCACAUCCGCUCCAACCAGCAGCUCGUGCCCAGCUACUCGGAGGCGGUGCUCAUGGACCUGGCGGGGCUGGCGGCGCGCGGCGGCGCCGGGGCCGGCGGCUACGCGCCCACCUGCCGCUACGGCGGGGUGGGCGGCCCGGGCGCGGCGGGCGUGGCGCCCUACCGGCGCAGCUGCGAGCACUGCCAGCGCGCCGUCAGCAGCUCGUCCAUCUUCUCGCGCAGCGCGCUGAGCAUCUGCGCCAGCCCGCGGGCCGGCCCGGGCCCCGGCCCCGGCCCCGGCGCAGGGCCGGGCUGCGGGGGCAGCCGCUUCUCGCUCGGCCGCCUCUACGGCUCGCGGCGCAGCUGCCUGUGGCGCAGCCGCAGCGGGAGCGUCAACGAGGCGAGCUGCCCCACCGAGCAGACGCGGCUGUCCAGCCAGGCCAGCAUGGGGGACGACGAGGACGACGACGACGAGGAGGAGGCCGGGCCGCCGCCGCCCUACCACGACGCCCUCUACUUCCCGGUCCUCAUCGUGCACCGGCAGGAGGGGUGCCUGGGCCACAGCCACCGGCCGCUGCACCGCCACGGCUCCUGCGUGGAGACCUCACUGUGA